GCUGUCACUGACUGUCAGUAAAUGUAACAGAGUACUUUAUUAUGUAAAUAUUACAUUUUCAGAAUUUUCGCAUUGUUUACAUUCUUCUCUUGCAAUGUUUUCGACGGAAAAUAACUCAAAUACAGAAAAUACUGAGUGCUAUACCGAGUACGGUGUGUGCCGCUGUUGUAUGGCUAAAGGUCGCCACAGAGAUGUUUCCAAAGAAUAUUAUUUUAACAAUUUAAGAGAAGUUUACAAAGAUAUAUUCAAGGAAUGUUUCAAUUUGUCCCUAACACUACACAAAAACAUAUCUUCACUGAUAUGCUGCCACUGCGUGAGACGUCUCCGAGAUGCCAUCAGCUUCCGUAUGAUGGUGGUCAGCACGGAACAGCAGUUGCUGAACAGUAUAGUACAUAAAGCUGAACAGGAUAACAAAACUGAGUUUAUUGAUGUUCCAGGAAGAGAAUUAACAUCAGAAAUAAAGCUAGAAUGUGAAAUAGACACAGAAGUGAGUUACGGAGACUUUAGUACACAAAUACGCGUCGAAGAAUUUGAUGAAAAUGAAGAACAUUUUGAAAGUGAUGCUGAAACCACAAGAAUAAUUGACGAUGAGCAUAUAUACGUAGAAGGUGAAUCAGAGUUUCUGGCUCGCUUUGCUGGUACUCUCAAACCGUUGCCUGAAAGAAACGAUUUGCUCAAGAUAUAUCCCGCUUUUGCUAAACAUUUGAGCAAUUUGAAAGACAAAAUAGUGAAACCAAAGUCAAUAGAGCGGUUUUUCCAAAAAUCUAUAAAGGCGCCCAAACGCCUUAAAAAACCUGACAAGAAAAUUACUUCAGAUAAAAUAGCGCUCGCCUUAAACGCGACCGUACUCUUCGAGAACAGUAAUGCGACUGCCUUUAAAAGUAAAAUGAGGAAUGGAUACCCCUGUUUUUAUUGUAGACAAAUAUACCAAUAUGAUACAAUUAAAGAACAUCAAACUAUUCACCCAAAAAGCAGCAUAUAUAAACUCCUUACUAAAUACACAGCUGAUGAAUUAAUAGUCUAUGCAGACAUCACAGAUUUAAAAUGCACAAUUUGCGAAGAGGAUAUGAAAAAUUUAAGUGUAUUAAAAACUCAUUUACAAGAGAAACAUAAUAAGAAAAUAUAUUUAGAUUACCCGGACAGGGUUAUACCGUUUAAGCUCAAAGAAAUGGAUCUUGAAUGCCAAAUAUGUGGGAGGCAGUUUGAAACUUUUGGAGCGGUGGAAAGACAUAUGAAUAUGCAUUUUAGAAAUUUUAUCUGCGAAGAGUGUGGUGCUGGAUUUAUUACUAAACACAGAUUAUCAGUCCACGCUUAUAAUAAGCAUAAAAUUGAUACAAUUCAGUGUAAUAUAUGUAAAAAAACAUUUGGUUCCCAACUUAAGCACAAAAUUCACUAUGACACAGUUCACAGAUUAUUAAAAAAAUAUAAAUGUUCAAAGUGUGAUGAGAAAUUCAUAGAUUACUUUACAAGGCAAAAGCAUUUAGUUGAAGUGCAUAACGUAGAACCUAUUUUGUAUAAAUGUAAAGUUUGUGACAGAGGUUUUAAUAGAAAAUUUAGUUUGACACUUCAUGUCAAAAGGUGUCAUUUGGCUCAAAAGGAUUUUCAGUGUCAGUUUUGUAGUUACCAGUGUUUUACUAAUACUGAGUUGAAAGAACAUCAUUUAAGACAUGGUGGGGUCAAGCCGUUUGUGUGUAGUGUGUGUAAAAAGGCUUAUAGCAGAAAUAAAGCGUUGGUACUACAUAUGAGGGUGCAUAAUAAUGAUCGGAGGUAUAUUUGCUCUGUCUGUGGGAUAGCGUUUGUGCAAAAAGGCUCGUUGGUCAGUCAUAUGCACACUCAUGAAGCUGAAAGUGGUUCGUUAAGAGGAUAAUGUAGUCAGAAAUUAUGUUUGAGGCGAAAUUUUCUUAAGGUGAAUGCUAUAAGCAUAUACCCUUUCCUUGUCAUACACAAAUGUAUGUUGAUAACACAUUGAAGAUUAAACAGUCGGCCGAGAGUUGAUAUGAUAAUUAGCAAAAAUAUUUUUAAGAAAUUAUGAUUUUCUUUAAAAAAAUCCGGCUAUGUAAUGUGCGUAGUACCAUUCAUCUUCAUACUGAUUUAUGAGUCCAAGCAAACUAUCGGCCGACUAAAAGUUUGCAAUGUGCUCUAAAUGUACCGACUGUC